UUAUGCGAAUGCAAGGAGUAAUAUCCAACUGAAAGUGACAAAAAUUGACAAAAAAAUCUUGGCACCAGAAUUAAUCGAUGAUAUGGCCGUACACAUUUAUGAACACAAUAAUCGAAGCUACCUCGAUUCUUUUCUGAAGUUAAAGCGUAUUGUGAACAAAUUUGAACUUAAGGCAUCCGUUAAUUUGAAAGGAAUAAAUAAUCAAACCACGACGCUAUUCAGUAUACAACUGGAUGGGUGUAAAUAUCUGAGAGGUGGAUAUAAGGGUAAAAUCCUAAACUUAUUCCUGAGUACUAUACAAAAAUACUCUUCAUCCAAAGUACUAUGCCCAUUGAAAGCGGACUGGAACUACACCUUGUCCAACUGGAAUUUUGAUGAAAACGAAAUACCUGCCUUUCUACCAGACUCCGACAUUACAGGUCUUCUCGAAUUCCUCAUAAGACAAAGAAAAAUUAUUUCUCUAAUACUUUAUGCGAGAAUGUCUCAUAAUUAG